CGUCUAUCAACACACAGAAAUCUACAUCUUUUAAUGUUUGUAUAUCAGAGCAGUCACACGAAGUAGGUUUUGGCGAGAUAACGGUUCUGAGAACUAAAUGGCAGUUAAUAUUUCAAGCUGAGUAUGAAGUUAAACAUUUUCAGGAUGGUAUUUCUAUGGAUGCUGGUUCUGUGUGCGGACCUGGUCCUUUCACAGAAAAGCGGUGACAACAAUAACAUGGUUCGGUUCAAUAGUGACGGUUCAUAUCUCCAUUACAAUUUCAAUACCUUCGGUCAGAAGUAUCCCCAGAUGCUCAUUGAAGUCGAAAUCGAAAAAUUCUCAUUUAAGUUCAUCACAGACGAAAGAGACGGCCUGAUUUGGAUGGAUGAUCGCAUAACGGAGCAAAUGUACAUCGGCAUAAUGGGUGGCGACAUCGUAUUUGUUUUUGAUGAUCACGUGCGUCCCGCAUCCAUUUCGAGGCUCCAUUCUACUGACGUCACGGAUUUCGUUUGGCAUUCAUUUGAAAUCAGACGAGACAAUCGAAAUAUGAAGUUUUUUGUGGACGGCCGGUUUAUAACAGAGGUCAAUAUGCACAAGACGAUCCAGCUCAUUACCAACAGCAGCGUUUACAUUGGCGGGGCUCCAAAUAUGACGUCACUGACAGGUCGAAGAAUCAAUUCCUCUUUUAAAGGCGCUUUGUACUUGGUCAAGUAUGUGAAAACGGUAUCAGCAAGGAUUAUAACUGUCAGUCUUUUAAACAAUAUCGCCACCGGCGCAUACAGACAUGGCGAUAUAAGCAUCCUAAAGUAUGGCCAGAACCUGACCAGCUCUCAUACGUCAUCAGGAUCCGAAUACAUCAUUGACGUCAUUGCUCUCAGAUCUGCUUCCGUACAUAUUCCUGGAUGGCUCGAUCUACGUAGAGGUGGCGGCUUUGGUUUUCGAUUCCGAACAUUCGACUCUGAUGCUAUUAUAUUCUUCAGCGAACGCAUGAUGGACAUAAUGUUCUCGAUAUUCAUCUCAAUGGAAUUAGUGGAUGGCCGACUGUACUUUGUCUAUAAACUAGACAAUGAAGUGAAAAGAGUAGAAGUUCCCGGAAGUGGUAUGGGUAACGGAAACUGGCAUGACGUCACAUUAGAUUUCCACCAAGGUGGUGUGAUUGUACACUUGGAUCAACAAGACAAAACCGUACAAUUUACUUCCUCGGAACAAAAGCAGUUGAUGUUUAAUAGGGGUAUAUACAUUGCUGGGCUUCCGCCCCAACGGGAUUUCCCAGAGUUCCUGUGGUCUAAAAGAGGCUACAAUGGCUGUUUCAGCAAACUAAGAAUAGAUAACAACACCACCAGUAUACGAGGACCCGUGUCCGUACAAGACCAGACCGGUCUGAGUACAACAUGUCAGAUGUCGCCCCACUGUACCACAAACCCCUGUAUACGUGGAACCUGUCAUGAAGGCAUGGACAGGUACGUCUGUAACUGUGACGGUUCCGGCUACCAGGGACCCACGUGUGAUUCUGUCUCUCCGAUUGGUCAAUUCCGUGGUGACACAUUUGUGACGUUUAGAUACAGUUCACCGUAUGUGUCGAGCACCAACGAUUUCAGUUUGAGGUUUUACACCAUAUUGUACAAUGCAUUCUUGUUUCAAACCGAGGCUAAUAAGAGAAGCGAGUACAUCCGGGCAGAGAUCAAAGAUGGCCGUCUUAAGAUAACCGUAUUCACUGGCAUUAAUACCAAGGAGUUCUACGCGGGGUCAGGUUUGAAUGACUUAUCCUGGCAUACACUGUACUUACGACGGCGUGGAAGGAAGAUUGAACUCUGGGUGGACAAUCAGCAACACGUCAUCGGUUACCUGGACAGUGACUACCCGUCAUUCACCAUCGACAACAUCCACAUUGGAAAUUACAGGCGAAAUGAGAACGUGCAAGGGUUCGUGCCCUACAGUGGUUACCUACAGAGUGUCAAAAUCGGCGGUGUGUACGUUUUUGACAUUCUUAGGAGCCGAUCGGAUGUCACGAUUAACUGGCUUAGUAACAUGACGUCAUCAAGCAUUCUCCAUUUACCAAUAUUCAACCCUAUAACCGUAUUAUUAGAAGAAUCGUAUCUGAGGAUGUCUAUACCCACUUCAACUCAGAGGUUUCACGUCAUGUUUAAGUUACGGUCGGACAGAAGAACUGGUGCUGUUAUGUUGUGUCAGAGUAAUACUGGAAUGUUCCUUUACAUUGAGCUGGUUUUAGGUCACGUGCUUGUCGGGUUGAUCGGCACUAACAGAAAUUACUCUCGUCGCGUCCCUCAACGCGUGGACAGUAACUCCGGAUGGCACGAUGUUGAAGUAAGAGAACUAGAUACUGCUGUUGGACAAUCCAAAUAUCUAAUCCGUGUUGAUGAGGCUACAAUCAACAUCAGUACAUAUUAUACACCCGCGUUCAACGUCACACGGUUGUACUUAGGUGGCGCGCCGGCCGGUUUGUUGAAAGAAACCAGCGCUGUUGGAAAAGCCAUGCAAUCACAGACCGGGUUUGUUGGGUGCCUGUCGUCAUUGUACGUCAACGGCCGAACGCCUGAUCUAACAGGACUCACCACUAGUCCAUCUAUUCUCACUGGAACAUGUGACACUAACCGCCCGGUACCGACACCUGACACCGUGACACAACAAACGCUACAAUUCUCGGGUGGGCGUGGCUAUGUGAUAUAUCACCUCAGUCAAUUGGCUACAUUCUACCCAAGUAUCGUUCAACAGACCACCAACAACGAAUCAUUUGCUGUCCGCUUCCGAACCCUGAGAAGGGACGGUCUUAUCUGGAUGGAAAGACGAGACGGGCAGACGCUUUAUCUGGCGAUGAAAGGUGGCAAUCUUGUGUUUGGUAUAGAUAGUGGUACAGGGUCACCACAGCUUUUAAAUCUGGGGUCACAACGUAACCUAGCCGACGGUGCCUGGCAUAACUUCAAGCUAAUGAAAGUUGGACGGAAUCUGAAGUUCUACAUCGACGAUAGAUUGACAAAAGAAACAAUCUACAGGAAUACGAUCCAGCUGGCAUCCACUGGGGAGGUCUUCGUGGGGGGCUCUCCUGAUACAGCCUCGUACACCCGUGGUCAAGUGUCCAGUGGCUUCGAUGGACAGUUGACAGGGGUGAAAUAUCAGAAAGGGACUUCAGAAACUUUGAUGAACUUGGCAUCUAACAUAAGAAGGCAUAGCUACAGUAUAAGUGGCCAAGUAACCGUAUCUGAUGACCAGGAUGGAACAUUAGGUCCUAGUGUUUCUACCACUCCUACCCCAUCUGGUCAGUCGGUUAUGCUGCUUGAACAAGCAACCUUCCGUUCAUCCGCCUGGAAGAUAGGAAACUAUAUAGACCUUACCUCUAAUGGAGUCCUACAGUUCUCGUUCCGGACGUUUGAUCGACGAGGUCUAAUCUGGUUCGCAGAGCGACUGAACUCUGACAUAUUCCUUGGAGUCGAAUUAUUUGAUGGCAAAGUGUACUUGUUUUUCAACUUCGGAAAAGGGAAAAGGCGACGUCAGAUAUCAACUGGUACGGUCAGCAACGGUCAGGCCAAUUUCGUCCGCCUCGCCGUUCUCGAUGAUGUCCUAAUGGCGUCUGUAGGGAGUAAUACUGUGAAAGAACGCCUGGACCCUCGCACUCAGACACAGAGGAAUUUUAAUGGCGGACAGUUCAUCAGCGGUCUACCGAGUUAUUCCCCCUACAUUUGGUCCGGCGAAGGUUUCAAUGGCUGUUUGAUGCAGCUCGUUGUAACAGCUACAGUCACCGAAUUGUCUGGUAUUGCGUCACUUCCGUCCGACGACUCCACCAUAAGCGCUGGUUGUGUAACACGUGACCCAUGUGGAGGAAAUCCAUGCAAUCGCGGCACAUGCUACAGCAAUCUUGACGAGUUCGAAUGUGAUUGUACAGCCACCGGAUAUACAGGCCUGACGUGUUCCGAACUUGCAGUAGUCGGUGGCUUUGCGGGAAACCGUGGUGCUAUUUACCGUAAACAGGUCUCACAGAAGUCGUAUACAAACGACAUCGCAGUCCGCUUUAAGACAUUGUUCCCACGGGCGAUGCUCUUCCAGACCUACUCCAAUACUAGUGAUGACUAUAUUAAAGGAGAACUUGUCGAUGGCAGUGUUAGAAUCACGGUAUACAGAGACGGGAUCACUGACACUCAUUCAACCGGUUCGCACCUGAACGAUAACACGUGGCACAAUCUGCAUGUCCAGCGGCGUGACGAGAGGUUGGAAGUAUGGGUGGAUCAGAGACCACACAUAUCCGGUACUCUCAGUGGAGAUGAUUUCUACAUCGACAUCAGUGGAAUCCAUCUCGGCAGCGGAACCGGAAGUGGAACAGGGAUAAACGUUGGUGGACAGUUACCGUCAUUCAUAGGCUACAUGCAGAAUGUUUAUUUCGAUGAUAUCGACAUAAUCGGCAGACUCCACAGCGUUCCGAAUUCUGGAAUCACGUGGUUUAACGCUACUCCUACCGAAGCGUAUGACCCACUUUUAUAUGACCCUGUGACGCUGUCGUCCAGGGCAACAUAUCUUGAGUUGGGCACACUUCCGGUCUCCACAUCUCUCCACAUUAAGUUUAAAUUCAGAACAGGACAGGAAAACGGGCUCCUUCUUUUCAACGAAGGACGAAAUGGGGAGUUCAUUGCCCUAGAACUGGUCCAAAGGAAUGUUGUAUUUGCUUGUAACACAGGGAGAAAUAAUACGGAAAUAGUUUUGAAGAAGUCGGUAAAUGAUAAUCAAUGGCAUAGCUUUGAGGUGAAGGGAACAAUGAGGAAUAACCGCCGGCUAUAUCAGGUCCGAGUAGACGAGAAUAUGCAUUCGAUACUGAUAAUGACCGAGUUGGAACCAACUCGCCCCCUCUUCCUUGGAGGACUCCCACUAAACAUGUUUGUCACCAAUACUAUUGUCAAGAGCGUUCUGCGAUCUGACAGCGGCUUCAUAGGUUGUCUGGCAUCGGUAUAUAUCAACACUGGGAAGCCAACUCUCGACAUGUACGCUAGGGACAAAUCCGUUAUUCUCGGCAGUUGCAAAGAAAUCACCGGGUUCUGUCCCCCUGUGGACCCCUGUCAACAUGGCGGCGCGUGUCGUAUAGGAGUGACCCGUUACCAGUGUGACUGUGACGAAACCGGCUACUCAGGCCCACACUGUGGUUUAUAUCCGCCUGGAAUUUACUUCGGGGAGCGAGAACAGCCUGGCGUGAUAUCUUACACAUUAAAACAAAGUGUAACCUCGACACAGGAUUCCAUUGUGUUUGGCUUCAUGACAAAGCGAGCAGAUGGCACUCUGGUGAGACUGGAGAGUUCCUCGGGGAGGGAAUACAUCGUAAUACGUAUGGCUGGUGGUAAUUUGGUAGCUGAUUAUAAUACUGGGACAGGGGUGAAAACGCUUACGUUGGAGGACAAGAGGCUGAACGAUGGGAAGUACCACGUGGUACACUUCUACAGGGACGAAUCGGGAGCCCGUCUCACGGUCGACGGCGUCAUCACCACAAUUGACGGUUCCGCGUCCUCCUUUGAUAACUUGAAGUAUGUUUUCCUUGGCGGCAGACCAUCCUCAGAUGGAGGGAUAAGUAAUGAGUUUUAUGGCCUUAUGGGAGGUUUUUACUAUAAUCGGAUGGGAUUGAUUGAUCAAUAUCUCGCCUCGAACAACACUGUGGGCUUUACAGUGACGGGAGAUAUAAGUUCCAUUCGGGACCACCAUUACGAGCUCGUACCACCAGGUGGCAAUGGUGGAUAUAUAUACAUCCCGUCCGACAUUGGAGGUGGUGGUGUGGUGGGUAGAUCAUAUCCCGGAGGUAAGGAAAUCAACAUUGGAGAUGGUGUGCUUCCAAGUAUGGAUGGCGGAGGCGCGCUACUUCCGGAAACCUUACCGAUUACUGCUGAAAAUUUUGUUGGAGCACCUGUGUCCAUCCCAAUAGUUAUGACCAAGGCAGGACCCAGGGCGGGUGCGCUGAUUGGCACAAUACUAGGAACAUUGGCAUUUGCAGCAAGUAUGCUUUGGGCUUUAUGGCAAUGUAAACCGGGUAUCUUACCCUGUUGUGGAAAUGGCGGAUACUUUGAUCUUGCUAAGAUUGGAUUCGACGGAGGGAACGUGGCGACUGGCGGAGGUGCUGGAGGUGGAGGUGGAGGGGCUAGUGCGAGUAUCUCAGGUGCAAAAGUGGCCGGUGAUGGUAUUACCGGUGGUGUAUCAACAGUGGAAACCGCUCAACAACAGAUGUCAAGUCUUUUCAUGGCGAAGUCAAUUAGUGGAUGUGCCGAAGAGGAUGGAUAUGCAGCUUCCAGCGAUGGCGCAAAAGUUACCAUUGUUAACAAUGAUGCAAAUCAGAAUGCAGGAGGUUCCGCAUAUUACUCAGCCUCUGGUGAUUCAAAAUACACAGUGUCUGGCGGCCAGUCUUUACAUAGCUCCGCGUGCCAGUCAACGGAAAACUCUACCAUGAAGAGUUCCAAAGUGUUCUACUCUUCCACAUCUGGCGUAACUGUCGUAAAUGAUAGAUAUCAACAAGAAGCUUCUAAUUUUAAUGAAGAAUCUACUUGGGAUACCAGCACGAUGAGAUCGACAACUUGCCUGAUUGAUUCGGGAACAAUGAAGUCAACGACAUCAUUGGUAGACACUGGUGAGUCUUCGUCUUUUUCACACUCCGUGUCGGCUACAAACAUAAAUUCCAACUCGAUCGGUGGCGGUGGGGGAGCUUUCCUUAGUAGCAGCAGCACAGAAGGUCUUGUUGACUCUGCAAAUGCCGACUAUGACUUCCCAAUGGGAUACAACGAGACAUGUUCAAACUACAUAUCAAGUAACACCUCAAAACAGGAAGGGUUUACUUCUACUAUCAAUACGUAUCAGGUUGGAACUGGAAGCCAGCUCGGACAGGUGUCUUACUCGCCCCUAGCAGUAACACCUGGGGCGGCCGGGGAAGAGGUGAGAGUCGACUGUUGUUUCGUGACUGCCGAUGGCUCCUGUGUCGUUACGGGGUCUUCUUCUGGCCCCCCUCAGGUCUGGAAUAUGCAGACUGGAGAACUGUUGAGGAUAAUGAAAGGAGAUACAGCAGGAUCAUCCAAUCUAAAUCUGGCUUGUUACGACAGCCUCCUCGUGGGGACCGUCCAAGCUGACCUAGAUGUCAAUGCUUUCUCGAUAGGAAAGGGUGUCACUCAUAAAAAUCUUCAGUUAUGGAACUUUGUGACAGGAAGACCUUUGGAAAUGUGUCCUUCCGACACUUGCUCAGCUAUAUGUUUGACGGAUAACAAGGAAUCCGUCGUUUUUGCAAAAUCGGACAAAUUCGGAAACGGAACCACCAUAACCGUGUGGGACCUGAUGGGGAACCAGAAACAGAAAGAGGUCAGAUACGACGCCCCGGUCGGCAAUAACGAUUACGUCAACUUCCUGGCUCUGUCCAAUAAUGAUAAAUAUUGUGUGGCUGGAUUCACAAACACUUUCGACAAUCAGAUGGAGUAUCUUACGUUCGACAUGUCGACGGCAAGUGGUAUGAUUCAAAACCCUAAUAUCCUCAAACUUGACGCCUUUUCGGAUUGUACCGUUCUGUUACUACGCGACGAGGCGUUGACUGGUCUACGAGAUGGCAGUCUCAGGAUUUGGAGCUUGCGCACUGGACAAACACGUCGCAAUCUUUUGGCAGGUUCGGAAUCACAUGGCCACGCCAAUGCAGUGACUGCGCUUGCGCUCUCACAGGACCAAAAGUUCUUGGUUUCCGCGUCAGCAGAUAAGACACUGAAGAUUUGGGAUAUGGAUAGAGAGCAGCUGACCAGAACGUUGACUGGACACACAGAUGAGGUUUGGUGCACGGCGAUCUCGCAAGAUGGCGAAAUUGUCGUUUCCGGGUCCCGUGAUGGAUCGAUUAGACUUUGGCGGCUUGAAGACGGAAGUGAGAUAUGCGCAUUUUCAACCGGAAUCGACGUGUUUUACGUCACAAUGAGCCAUGACCGUGGUACCAUCGUUGCCCUUGGUGACAAAUACAGCGCACGGAAACUGAUAAUGCUUCAGGUCGUCCACACCAAAAUUAGAAAGGCGGUGGUGUCAUAAAGUGGUGACGUCAUCAUCACCUUGAGACUACAUAUAAUUUAUAUCGAAUUUUACUUUUAACAUAAAACACUUAAAAUUAGAUAUAUUAAUCAAAUAUUCAAGAGAAACAUAUAGUUAAUGAGGAGAUUGGUUUUGAAUUGUUUUGUAUCGCUUGAGAAACACACAGUUAUUGAGGAGAAUGUUUUUAUAUUGUUUUGUAUCGCUGGUAAACGUAGCAAUGUUUUAUCAUAUACCAGUUGUUUAUUGAUGUUGACGUUCCAUGCACGUAAGUUACCAAAGUUUCGAUGUGGAGACAGAAAAGUCUGUUCCGGUUAUAGUCCGUGCCGUAUCAUUCCAGAAAAUGAUAAAAAUCAUCAAAUAUGACUUUUAUGUGAUGUAUGCUUCACUCUAUCGCUUCUCAAUAAAACUUGUUACCUUAUCAAUAAACCUGUUUACACUGCU